AUGAAGCGUGUACGUACUCUUGAACGAGAGAUUGUAAAGGAAGAUCAAGUGUUUGCACUCGAGAAGCAGGAGGACUCGUUUCCGGUUAAACCUACUUUUAACUGGAAUGAAAUCAAUCUCGAAGAUCUUUUGGAAGUUCAUCAACUAAAUUCGAAUGAUUUUUUUGAGCAACUCAUAAGCUACAUUUGUCAGAAGAAACGGAAAAAUGUUGCUAAACUAGAAGAAUCCAUGGACAGCGAACAAUUGUGCUCGUGUGAUAGCGAUCCUUGGCCCAAUGAUCAACCAAUAGCUAAAAUUGGAUCGAACGAAAAAAUAAGCAAUCAAUCGAAUGAUAAAUUGUCUUCUUCUUCCUUUAGCAUUGAACAGACAUCAAACCAGCCAACAGUAUAUCGCACUGCAUCAGCAAUCAUUCAUUGUCUAAUCACUGAUGUACUUAACAAUCGUUUAGCUACUAACGAGCAGUCAUUAUCUGUCGAAAACAUUCUCAGAUCAUUAUUCAAAGUCGAGAAAACUACUUCAACUCAUUCGUUACUUUCGAUUUCACCUAUAGUAUAA